AGCGGUUUUAUUAGAUGGUACGUCACCAUUAUUUUUCUUUCACGGCACCAAAUUACCGGUAUAUUUAACAUCUUCUCGGUGGUGUAACAAAUAUUAUCUCUUGUAAAAUGUCUGGGAAAUUAAAACAGAUGAAGCAACGAUCGUCUGCUAAUUCAGUCGACACUGGCACGCUUUCUAUUAAUGAGAAAAUCCUAAUGGAGUGCUAUAAUCUCUACACGGAACCCGGUAAAGGAUUGCAGACAAUCGCUGAACGGCUAAACCUCCGUCUCCUCGUUCCACGAAAAAAGAUCACUGUACUUCUCAUUGGUAACCACUCGGCUGGAAAAAGUUCUUUCAUUAAUUGGAAAUAUAGUUUGAACAAAGGGAGUGCUGAAACAGAUUAUUUUAAAGAAUUAUUACCGGUAAUAGAAAGUGUUGCCAAGAAAAGAAUUUUCAUUCCAUAUUUUUACUUGGUCUUACUUGGUCUUUCACCUGUGUACAUAAGUGACAUGCUAAAUCUUUGCUCGAUGUCAUGUACACGGUCAUUGCGAUCAUCAACUGGCAGAGAGGCAAUAGCAAGAAAUACAAAUGAACAAGGUUCACAAACAAACGAGAAAGCUGUACAGAACUUUACGUACCUGUUAUACUUAUCUGUACAGGGCAAUGCUACCUUGCACCUAUAUCCCCACUUUAAGGAACUGGCAAAGAUCGAUGGAGUUGUGGAAUACUUGAACACAGAGAUAACAACCUCAAAACAGAAGAAAUUCUCACUGGUGACGUUUGUUGACACUCCAGGACUCGUCGAUGGAGACAUGAAGUAUCCGUUUGACGUGGAUAAGUCUAUUUUGUGGUUAGGCAACUUGGCUGACUUGAUAUUCGUGUUCUUCGAUCCAAUUGGUCAAGCACUGUGUAAACGUACAUUGAACAUCGUCGAGAAACUUAAUGAGAAGCACAGUGAUCGAAUGCGAUUCUUCUUGAGCAAAGCCGACGAGGCUGGGCCGGAAAAUGACCGACAGCGUGUCAUGAUGCAGAUUGUACAGGAGUUAUGUAAGCGACCGGGGCUGAAUAAGACGUGCUUUGAUAUGCCUACCAUCUAUGUACCCAACCCCAGUGCUACUACUAAGAGUCGAUGUGUCAAUCAAAUUGAGGAGGUGUGCAAGACGAUCGAGAAGAACAUUAAUCAGACAAUACAGAAUACUCUCAACACUCUGGAAAAGGAUUGCCAACAGAUAUCAGAUCUUAUAGAUGAAUCUCUGAAUAAAGACAAGCUAGCACAUUCAUAUAACUUACGAGCAAGAGGCAAGGCAUUUGUUUUCAAUUUACUGGGGCUCUGCCUUCCUUUGAUCCUCUUCAUCAACUUUCUUGCUAGCAGUGUAUCAAAGGAUGUUAUUGAUUCAUUCCUUGGUGAAAAUGCCACAGAUGUUAUCAAGCUGUAUUUGGGACCUGUGGAGCGUUCUUGGCAUUUGAUUCCGUCCGAUUAUCAUUGGUAUGCUUUGGGAAUUCUCUUUUUCAUGUCAUUUCUUCUUAUCAUCAUUGCCAACUUCUCAACAAGAUUGCGUCCAACCUUGUCCAGGAAACAGAAGCGAGUGUUAAACGAAGAGAAAGAGCAUGUGCAGAAACAUGUGAAAGCAACCAAGGAAAAGCUUUACAGUGAAUAUCUAAGACAGAGUGUUGCGGCUCAAGAUUUAUAAUAAGAGGCUGAAGAUUUACAUAAAAAAUGACAUUUACAGAAUGCCUUACUUAACAAACCAGAUGGGUUUUGUAACCAGUUAAUGAAGACAAAUGAUCCUGUGUUUCACAUCAUUACCAUAGUUCCUCGGUUAUAAACCCCACCCCCUUAAACACAAAAUUAUACUGAUUUUGGGAUGUUGGAUUAUACCUAGAGAAUCCAAUAAUCACAAAAAAAAAACAGCCUUUUGUAAUGGUAUGUUUAAUAAUCUAAACUAAGCUAACCAAAAUUUGCCCGAAGAAAUGCUUGUAUGCAAAAUCGGACAUAAAAUAGGGGGUGGGAUUAUACUACUGGAAUUUUCUUUCUGCUUGUGCUAAUCAUCAAAUAAAUAUAAAUACCUGUAAUGUUUAUUUUAUCAUGAAUUCUUUAUGGCUAUGUUAUAAUUAUGACAUUUGUGUUAAAGGCUUUGAUCAUUGAAAAUGCUUAUGUCAAUGUCCUAAAAGCAACCAAUCACAAGCCUUGUUAAAAUUAUUGAAAAAUGUCCAAAAAUCAACCAAUUAUUUCUUUGAAAUAAAAAUGUAUCAAUGUCCUAUAGUAACCAAUUACAAUUUAUUUUUUACUGUUCUCAUCAUUGUAAUAAUAAUAUUUAUUGUCUACAUUGAUAAAAGUGCCUGCUAAAUAAUAAAUAUUGGUCUUUUUUACCUCUAUAUCUCUCAACAAAUUCUGUAUUUUUCAAUCCGCUUUAAAUUAAUUGAAGAGUUGACCAAUAGUUCUUUUUUUUGUCAGAUUAAAUUCCUAAAUUUGAAU